AUGUAUAAUGGUAUUGGAUUACAAACAGCUCGUGGAUCGGGCACGAAUGGAUAUGUGCAGGCUAAUUUGGCGAAUUUAUUACUCUCAAAGAAACGAGUAGCGUAUAAUUCAGAAGUUGAUAUAAAACGAGCCGAAGCUGAAAUCAACAAACAACCGAAUAAAGAACUAUUGGAGCAUAAUCGCAAACGGCAUAUCGAAUUGAAAUGUACUGAUUUUGAAAUGCUCAUGGAAAACAAA